CGCCAUGCCGAAGCGAAAGGGAGCCAAGAAGCUGGGAUGGCUCUUCUGGGUGGGCCCGAUGAUCGCGGUGGUCAUGGCUCCGUUGAUGCUGUUCUUCGCGGUGGAAGAAUUGUCGCAGUCCACGGAUGAGCACUUGAUAGCGACCAUGGUUUUGCUGUCGGCUAUCGCAUUCUUCUCUUUACUUGGAUGCUUGCUGGACGAUUCCUUCCAAUGCCCCUACCACUUUCCCGCCAUGCUCUUGCUGGCGCAGCUUUUCGCUUUGGUUGUGGCGAUCCUCCUGUGGCCCUCCAUCUUCAAGACGCUUCCCAAGCCGAACGAAAUGGAGCACUGGCUGAUGGACAAGCUGCGUGCGCAGCCUGCGCAGCCACUUACCGAAUCCAUCACUGAGAGGCCGCUGGCACCGUCAAACCCUGCCCCAGCUGCGGUGUCGCCUGCGACGCCACUGGCGAAGCGGGCGCUGAGGGGAUCUGAAGAGGUCUCUCUGGACAUCGCCGGCUGGAAAGAUGUGGGCGAUGGCUUUUGUGUCGACUCGCAGGACCAAGAAUUUUCUUCGCUGCAUGCGGUGGGAAAGUCCUUGCGGGAAUGCGCGGCCAUCGCAGCGGGUGAUCCGGAAAGCAUCGCUUUUGACUUUUCCAGUGGUGAUGGUGGCUGCGAUAUCAGGUUUCCUGCGGGCGCGACCUUUGAGUCCGUGGAGGGUUUCGAGUGGUGGGGCUGGGGAGCUGGAAAAGACCAGCCCAAAGGCUCGCAGCAAAGGAAACACGAGUCGGAGACACGGUGUUACCUCAAGACCUUCAAGACCCCUGCACGGCCACGUGGCAAAGCGCUGAGCUCCCAGCUACAUCCCAAGUACAAGGCCUUGAUUCGAGAGUAUCCCUUCCAGCCGGUGCGCAACGAACACGGCCGGUUCGUCAACGUCAUCUUGGUCCGAUCGCCUUUCCGGACGGAUCACCAAGAGCAGUUGUACCAGAAAUUCAAGGAUGAGAUCCUUUUCCUUGGAAUCAGCAGUUGGGAGGAUUACCCCCUUCCAGCACCCAAUCCCUACUCCUCGGGCUUCCCGCCUAAGAAGUUUGUGGGUCUUUUCCCUGGAUUUUUGUACAUGCAUCGGAAUCCAGAGACGAUCUUCCCGAGCCACGUGAAGCUGCUGCUGCUGUCGCAGUCAGACUUCUCCCUGCCAGCUCUGAUGCCGGCCUUGGAGAAGAAGUACGACUUCACUUUCUCUGGCUCGGAUCAGGAUGUGGCUCAGGACUGCAUGGGCUGGUCUUCGUACGCCAAAAACUGGAGCUUUGUGAAGGAGGCUCUAGAAGUGAUGUGCGGGGAACUGCAAAUGACUGGUGUGUUGGUGGCCACCAAGGACAAGCAAGGCAGACAAGCCUGCUCCAUUCCGGCCAGUUGUGAGGGAUUGAUUACGCAAACCACUUUUCUGAAUCAAGAUGAGUUCUUCAAAUACACGCGACAAAGUCAGUUCCUCUUCUUGUCGCAGGUGCACGACGCCUCGCCGCGCGUCAUCACGCAGGCCUUGGCGCUGGACGUGCCGGUGUUGAUGAACAAGAACAUCAUAGGUGGCUGGAAGUAUUUGACGGACCAAACAGGUGAAGGCUUCAAUGACAUCCACGACCUCCAGGAUAGCAUCCAACGUUUGCGGGAGAACAGCGCUGCAGGAGCCUAUCAUCCGAGGAGGUAUGUGGAUGAGAACUGCGGCGAUCAAAUCUCAGGGGAGCGGUUGACCAAGUUUGUGCUAGAGCACUUCAGUCAUCGCGUAAAACUUCCUGAAGGCACAAAGCUCUUAUUCCCAUCAGGGGCAUAGCCAAAAGUAGUU